AAUGUGCAGCUUAGUAACAUAUUGUAUUCAGUGCAAGUGUUCACAUCAGUCUGAAGUACAGAUUUUUCUGUGGAGAAUGGGGGCUCCGGGGUUUCCAGAGACACUUGUAUCCCUGCUGUUCUGUUGCUCACUUCUGACAUCUGGUUUCACGCUGUGUAACGGCUCAUCAGAUGUCAGAGAUUUCGUACUAGCAGCAACCUUGAAUUGUCACUUUCUGAACGGGACGCAGCAGGUGCGGUAUCUGCGCAGAUGUUUCUACAAUCAGGAGGAGUUCGUUUACUUUGACAGCAAAGAAGGACGUUUCAUAGCUAAGACUGAGUUCGGGAAACCGGAUGCAGAAGCAUGGAACAAGGAUAAGGAUUUCAUAGAAGACGAGAAGAGCUCAGUGGAGACAUACUGUAAACCCAACUAUGGCACAGCUACAGCUAUAGGAGUAACAGACCGGAGAGUUGAACCAUCGAUCAAAAUAUCCUUGAUGAAUCAGUAUGAAGAGUCACAUACAAAGCAGCACAUGCUGAUAUGUAAUGUGUUUGGCUUCUACCCAUCUGACAUUGAGGUGAAAUGGUACCGGAACGGCCAGGAGGAGACCGAGCUGGUUCAGUCUACAGAGCCCUAUCAUAAUGGUGAUUGGUCUUACCAGAUUCUGGUGAUGCUGGAGACAGAGAUUCAGAAAGGCGACACUUUUACCUGCGAGGUUCAUCACAGCAGCCUGAAGGCCCCGCACCGAGUAGACUGGCACCCUCAGUCAUCAGAUGCAGCUAAAAACAAGAUGGCCACCGGUAUAGUGGGAUUUGUGUUAGGAGUUGUAUUUUUCAUUGUUGGCCUUGUCAUCUACAUGAGAGGAAGAAAAGGGCAAACGUCAUUCCCAGGACAACAGAAUGAACGCUUUGUGUCACAGUAAUCUGGAUCCUACCUGGUCAGUUCCAGCUCAGCUUCCAGCUGUUUAGUUUCUAAUGCAAAAAGGAGGAGUUUCCUGAUGUCUAACCUUCACCGAUGUGUCGGGAUCUAUACAUAUGGCGUGGAACUAUGCUCUGUAAUAUGUGCAGAACUAGUUUUGCUGAUGCCCUUAGUAUAUUGAUUAUCUGAUUUGGGAAUUGAAGAAGCUUUUUAUUAGCUCCAGAUGUUUGUUUUGUUGGUAGUUUAAAGAAAAGAGUAAAAGAAAACUUCAGAUCACUAGAUGAGCUCUGCUGCACAGAUCUGCCUUACUAUAGCCAUUAUCUUAGUUCAUAAAUUAUCCCCUAGAAUUGAUUGUGUAUGUAAAGUGCAACACAAUCAUUCAGAGCCAAAUUUCAAUUUAAAGGGGUUCUCCAAGCUUUAUAUAAAACUGAAGCUUUCUUCUAGUUCGUGGAAGAAAUAUAGUUUAGUUAAUACUUACACAUCCGUCGCUCGGUCAAUGCCGCCGUCUCCUCCGUGCUCACGCAGCCUGUGGGUUCUUCUCGCUCUGGGUCUCGUCCUGUUGUCUUCCUUUCUUUUCAUAAUAAUAAAUACAGCUGAACAGGAAGAGAAGUGCGCACAUCUGGUCGGGACCCCCGAGCGGAGGAGCCCGCAGCCUGUGUAAGUGCAGUGGAGAUGGUGGCAUCGGCAGCGUGACGGAUGGGUAAGUAUUAAUUAAACAGGUUAGGAGAAAGCAUCAGUUUAUAAAGCCUGGAGAACUUUAAACGUAAGGGGGUUGUCUGGAGCAUUUUUUUAUUGGAAACUUCUGCUGGGGCUGGUUAAACCAACCUUCACCAGCCCCCUCUGAACCAGGGCCACCACGACUUUCUAUUCCCAGAGUUAAAGCCAGUGAUGUAUUGUAGGGCAGCUUAAGCGGUGACUUCCUGCAUACUACUGCAGCCAAUCACCAGACUCAGUUUUGUACAGCCCGAGACCACUGAGACCAGGGAUUGGCUGCAGUGAUGUCACUGCUGCAGCCCAGGGAAGAGGAAAGGCAGUGUCGCUGGAUCGGAGGUGGCUCAAGAAGGAAAGGUAAGUUGUUUUUUUAUUCUUUUACUGGCCCCACAGCAUUUAAAACAAAGGUAACUUGGAAAACCCUUUAAUCUACAAAUGCAUAUAACAAAGAUUCAGAACGGUUUCACGUGUCCGUAAUAUUGGUCUCAGUGCGACAUCACAACAUGUACAUGAGGCCAAAUAGUGAAUCUAUAAUGUGGCCUAUUAUGUAUAGAUGAAGACAUGCUGACACCUUAUUCACACUUGGUAUUUUGCAUCAGUAUUCAGAAGCCAAAGCUAAUAAUUGGUGCAAAGACGUGCAGAUCUUACAAUUAUUGUACACUUUUUUCAGCAUGGUUGGAGAUUUAUUAUAAUUGCAAGUCACAUGACUUUUUCCUCUAUUCUAAAUAAACAAGCAGAGAUCGUGAUAAAUGUUUAGGAAUAGAGACAUGAAAUCUAUUAGAACGUUGUUGAAUCUUACUUCAUGCAGUGACUACACUUCGGACUCCAUACUGUGGGGGCAGAGGUAUAAGGAAGCAUUGCUUCUAGGGGAGCAGAUCUCCUUUUACAUAGUGCUCAGAAGAGCCUGGAAUAAGGAGCAGCAUAGUCUUCAGCCCUUAAGAUAUAAAAUACUGAAAACUGUAACAGUAUACAGUGGGAUGCGAAAGUUUGGGCAACCUUGUUAAUCGUCAUGAUUUUCCUGUAUAAA